GCGGUGAUCGAAACCGUCUUCUUUACCCUAUCUAUUCAUUGUUUUUCUGACACUACAUAUUUAAUACGUACAGCGAGGGAGCGAGAAAGCGAUGAUGCGAGGCUCUCCUUGAGAAGAGAAGAUGUUGAGUAGGAUAGCUGGGUAAGUGGAGGAUUCUCAGAAAUGAGAAAGGGAGAAGGAAACGGACUUAGAAGCCGGAGAGCAAAGCAGCAGCCGGAGGUCCCCCUGCCCCCCGCCCCCACUCCCCGAGGCCCUCGACCUCCCGCGGAGACCCCAGGAGGCUGCAUCAAUAUUUGAUCGACCCUUCGCCUGCGCGCACUUUGCCAGCACUCGCCGGCGGGGCUUGUCUGGCACCGCCCGCGCUGCGCUGUAGCGGGCGCCGGGGCCCGCAGGGGGCUUUGGAAGGGCCAGCUCUGCGCUCGCCCCCUCGCCAGGGCCGCUCUGCUUCCCGGCAGGGGCGCGGCGCCCACCAUGCCCUGCUGCCCGCGGUUCGCGCUGCUCUGCGCGCUGCUGCCCUGGCUGAUGCGGGCGGCAGCACCCCUGCGCCCCGCGGAAACCCUCGCGCACGGAGACCUCCGCAUCCCCGCCAGGGGCGCCGAUUUCGAUCGCGUCUACAGCGGGGUGGUGAGCGUCAGCACCGAGAACAUCUACUCCUUCAACUACACCAGCCAGCCUGGCCAGGUGAGUGCCGUGCGGGUAUAUGUGAACAGUUCAUCCGAGAACCUCGACUACCCAGUCCUCAUUGUGGUUCGCCAGCAGAAAGCGGUACUGUCCUGGCAGGUUCCUCUGCUCUUCCAAGGACUAUACCAGAGGAGUUACAACUACCAGGAAGUGAGCCGCACCUUAUGUCCCUCAGAAGCAACCAAUGAAACAGGACCUCUGGAGCAACUGAUAUUUGUAGACGUGGCAUCCAUGGCACCCCUGGGGGCCCAGUACAAACUGCUGGUUACCAAGAUCAAGCACUUCCAGCUACAGACAAAUGUUGCCUUUCGCUUCAUUGCCAGCCCCUCUCAACCUCAGUAUUUUCUAUACAAAUUUCCUGAUGAUGUGGACUCAGUUAUUAUUAAAGUCAGGUCUGAAAUGGCUUAUCCAUGUUCUGUUGUUUCAGUCCAGAAUAUCAUGUGCCCAGUAUAUGACCUUGACCACAAUGUGGAGUUCAAUGGUGUCUAUCAGUCCAUGACGAAGAAAGCUGCCAUCACCCUACAGAAGAAGGAUUUUCCAGGAGAGCAGUUCUUCGUGGUAUUUGUGAUAAAGCCUGAAGAUUAUGCCUGUGGAGGAUCUUUCUUUAUCCAGGAAAAAGAGAACCAAACUUGGAAUCUACAACGAGCAAAGAACCUUAAAGUGACCAUUGUUCCUUCCAUUAAAGAAACUGUUUAUGUGAAAUCCAUCCUUCUCAGCUUCCUCAUCUUCUUCUCCUUCUACUUGGGAUGCCUGCUUGUUGCGUUUGUUCAUUAUAUCAGAUUUCAAAGGAAAUCCAUUGAUGGAAGCUUUGGUUCCAGUGACGGCUCUGGAAAUAUGGUGGCGUCGCAUCCCAUUGCUGCCAGCACCCCUGAAGGGAGCAAUUAUGGGGCAAUAGAGGAGUCAAGCUCCAGCCCCGGCAGGCAGAUGUCCUCCUCUGACGGUGGGCAGCCAUGCCAGUCGGACACGGACAGCUCUGUGGAGGAGAGUGACUUCGACACCAUGCCAGACAUUGAGAGUGAUAAGAAUGUCAUCCGGACCAAGAUGUUCCUUUACCUGUCAGAUCUGUCCAGGAAGGACCGGAGGAUUGUCAGCAAAAAAUAUAAGAUUUAUUUCUGGAAUAUCGUCACCAUUGCUGUGUUCUAUGCGCUGCCUGUGAUCCAGUUGGUCAUCACCUACCAGACAGUGGUAAAUGUCACCGGUAACCAGGACAUCUGCUACUACAACUUCCUCUGUGCUCACCCUUUGGGCGUCCUCAGCGCCUUCAACAACAUUCUCAGUAACCUGGGCCAUGUGCUCCUGGGCUUCCUCUUCCUGCUGAUAGUCUUGCGCCGAGACGUUCUCCAUCGCAGAGCCCUGGAAGCCAAGGACAUCUUUGCCAUGGAAUAUGGGAUCCCUAAACACUUUGGUGUUUUCUAUGCGAUGGGCAUCGCGUUGAUGAUGGAAGGAGUGCUCAGUGCUUGUUACCACGUCUGCCCUAAUUACUCCAACUUCCAAUUUGACACCUCCUUCAUGUACAUGAUCGCUGGCCUCUGCAUGCUGAAGCUCUACCAGACCCGCCACCCAGACAUCAAUGCCAGCGCCUAUGCUGCCUAUGCCUCCUUCGCAGUGGUCAUCACACUCACCGUCCUCGGAGUGGUGUUUGGAAAAAAUGACCUGUGGUUCUGGGUCGUCUUCUCUGCAAUCCAUAUCCUGGCGUCUCUGGCCCUCAGCACCCAGAUCUACUACAUGGGUCGUGUCAGGACAGAUGUGUCUGACACAGAUUUGGGGAUUUUCCGUCGAGCCGCUAUGGUGUUCUACACGGACUUUGUCCAGCAGUGCAGCCGGCCUCUGUAUAUGGACAGAAUGGUGUUGCUCAUCAUGGGGAAUCUGGUUAACUGGUCCUUCGCCCUCUUUGGGCUGAUCUAUCGACCCCGGGACUUCGCUUCCUACAUGCUGGGAAUCUUCAUCUGUAACCUGCUGCUCUACCUGGCCUUUUACAUCAUCAUGAAGCUCCGCAGCUCCGAGAAGCUCCUCCCCAUCCCACUCUUCUGCAUCGUGGCCACGGCUGUGGUGUGGGCCGCUGCUCUGUACUUCUUCUUCCAGAAUCUCAGCAGCUGGGAGGGAACCCCAGCCGAAUCCCGGGAGAAGAACCGGGAGUGUAUCCUGCUCGAUUUCUUUGAUGACCAUGACAUCUGGCACUUCCUGUCUGCCACUGCCCUGUUUUUCUCAUUCUUGGUUUUGUUAACCCUGGAUGAUGACCUGGACGUGGUUCGGAGGGACCAGAUCCCUGUCUUCUGAGCUGCCAGCACUAAGAGAGGAAGAGGGAGCAAUCCAUCUCGGUGCUGUUUCAUGAAAAUACAGGGACCACAGCAAAGUCACCGCUGCCAAAUGCUCCACUCACCCUGUCAGGUCAACUCUGUGUGUGCUCACACAGGAAGGAGAGGGGCUGGAGAGAGAUUCAAGCCUGCAAGAAGGGAGGCAGAGGGGAAGCCACGGGGCUGGAGAGUUGAGAGAUACCCAUUCCCUUCUGUUUGCAGCCCUGAGCUAGACUUGGACGCACGCUGACUCCAAGUCAACUCUUUGUCUUGGGACCCCUCCCACUCUCCUCUGACACUUGCCAGCAAGGGCAGAGCAAGGCUGCCCUCUUCUGUCCUACUGCCUCCAGGCCAGAGAGGCCAGCAGCUCGGAUCUCCUGCCCACUUUAGAUGGGCCCCGUCUGCACUCCCCACAACAUCUGCUGCUGGACACAUCCCAGAGCACCAGCUCGCCUCUCCAGCGUCCAGGGAUGAUACAGCUCCUCAGAGUCUGGUGGCGGGCUGAACCCAACGCCCUGGGUGUUAGUAGGGCCAGCUAGUCACCUCUUCAGAAGGGAUGCUGUAUGCGUCCCCCAGUUUCCUGACCCCAUUAGAAGGGCUCUGGAUUGGGCUUUGUUACACACUCGUCCUAGCGGAUAACUGUCUCCGGGACCAAGGCUUGGGUGCUUACCUACUUCUCAGUGUCUUCAUGUCCCUGCUGUGUGUGUGGACCCCACAACUCGGGCUCUACUUCCUUGGGAAGGCCCGCUUCCCUCACCAGUUCCAAGGCAGAAAGGGAAACAGGAAAAACUCUUCUAGCAGUGGAAGAAGUGAGAGAAAUGACCGACAGGGCUAAGAGACUGGUGACAUCAGCAUCCAGAGAACAGACCUCACCUAAGGAUGUGGGCUCCUAGAGCACACGCAGCGAAGACGAAAUUGCUUCCUUGAGCAUCCAAUUCUGACAGCUCAAUUCUGUGCCCAUGUCACCUGUGGGGAAUAAAUAAUUGUUCCAACCAAGGGCGCUGCACUCGGGGUCCUCCACCACCAACCAAGCCUCUGACCUGUCACUUUAGGCAGGUAAUGUGCUCCAGAUUUUCUCCCCGAAAUUCUCUAGAAGUAACUCUCAGGAUGAACACAUUUCACUCAUCCUCUCGAGUUCCAAAGAGCAAGCCGGUUGAGGAUUGUCUCUUGGUUGCAUCAGAUUCACAUUCUCUCUCCUGUAAGGUGCUGCGAAGCACACUUCACUGCCAUGGCCUGGCGGCUCUGCCCCCGCCACGCCCCAUUUGCACCACGCACCCGCACCCUUGUUAGUCUGGAGGAAGAUGUAAUCAGAAAAGAGACAGAUGAAUAUGCAUCCUAUAUAUAUCUGCCUGUGAAAUUGAAGUCACCUGUUACCUCUGCUUUCCUGAUCAUUCAUUAGGGAAGUGGAUUAGGCAUCCUUUUUAUUAAAAAAAAAAGUAUUCUAAAAUAUUUGCAUAAUGUUCAAGUCACAUUUUGGAAGUUUGAAUAGCAAACUUCCCCGAAUUUUAAAAGCACCAAGAUGCUUUCAAUGAAACUUUUUGUGAUUUUCGUUUCUACAACAUUCCCAAAUUUAUAAUUGCUCUUCUGUAUUCUUCAUUCCUUCAAAACUGUUGGCUUCCAUAGGCUAUAUAAAGGCCACCUGUGAAAUGGUUGUGAUAGUCUAACAUCUAAAACAAACUUCAAAUCUGUUUCAUAAUGGCUUAUUUGACCUAAUUUCUUUAUUUUAAUGCACUGAUGGCUUCAAAUCCAAAAAAUAAAAAAAGGUGCACUAAGGAAA